CGGUGACUCAACUGCACUCAACCCCAACUUGACCCUCGUUUUUGAACAACAAAAGUUUCUCAGACCAUCACACACCUCUAAGAUUCGCCCCGAAAUAGAAAUUUCUGCACCAUGUCGGAAGCCUCCCUACCAACGCAUGCGAAGGACAACCCUAAUGUGUCGGCGGACGGCGCACCCUCCAAGAAUGCACUGAAGAAGGCACAGAAAGAGGCCGAAAAGGCCGCAAAGAAGGCUGCGGCCAAAAAGGCGGAUGAGGAAAAGAGGGCUGCGCAACAGGCCCAGGCGGCCGAGGACACCGCCAAAGACAACUAUGGCGCUCUGCCAGAUGAUGCUGUCCAAAUCACACACCUGAAGAAACUGGGCCCUGAGGAUGUUGACCAGGAGGUCACCGUUAUUUGCAGAGUCCACAACAGCAGAAGUCAGUCUGCGAAGCUGGCCUUCCUCAUGCUGAGACAGCAAGGCAAGACCAUCCAGGCCGUCGUGGCAGCAACCGGAGACGCAGUCUCGAGGCAGAUGGUCAAAUGGUCAACCAGUAUCAAUGUGAACUCUUUCGUACGGGUGACCGGUCUCGUCAAGAAGCCUGAUCCUCCUGUCGCAUCAGCUACAAUCAGCGACCUCGAACUCCAUGUCAGAAAGAUCUACCUCAUCUCUUCCGCCGCCGAAGUGUUGCCUAUGCAAGUCAAGGACGCCGAACGACCGCCGCCAGCUGUGGAACAAGAAGGACAAGUCGAUGCUGAAGGUGCCCCUGUCGUCACACUCAAGACCCGACUCGACAACCGAGUGAUUGACCUGCAGACGGAAUGCAACCAGGCCAUCUUCACCAUCUCCAGCGCGGUCGAGGGUCUUUUUGAAGAGUACAUGCGGAAGAGCGGAUCGAGGAAAUUCAAUACUCCCAAACUGCUUGGUGCAGCUACGGAAGGUGGAAGCGGCGUGUUUGAAGUCAACAACUACUUUGGCAAAAGCGGUUUCCUAGCACAGAGUCCUCAACUACACAAGCAGAUGCUCAUCGCUGGAGACUGCGAGAACGUUUUUGAGAUUGGACCUGUCUUCCGUGCAGAGAACAGCAACACGCAUCGACAUAUGACAGAGUUCACCGGUCUUGAUUUCGAAAAGGUCUUUGAUCAUCACUACCAUGAAGUCCUCGACUUCGCAGAGAAGCUCAUCGUCUUCAUUGUCACGGAGCUGAAGUCACGAUACAAGGACGAGAUUGCAGUUGUUCAGAAAUACUUCCCCAAGGCCGGUGACUUCCACCUCAAGGACGGAAGGGCGUUGCGACUGAAAUACUUUGACGGUAUCAAACUGCUCAAGGACGCCGGCGUCGACACCACGGAGCAAGACAACUACGUCACUGAUUUGACUACGGCCCAAGAGAAGAGACUUGGUCAGAUCAUUCGCGAGAAGUACGACACCGAUUUCUACGUCCUCGACGAAUUCCCCAUGUCCGUGCGACCAUUCUACACCAAGCCACACCCGACAGACCCGAAAUUGUCCAACUCGUACGACUUUUUCAUGCGAGGCGAGGAGAUCAUGUCGGGAGCUCAACGGAUAAACGAUGCCGCCGAACUGGAGGCUUCGAUGCGAAACAAGGGCGUCGAUCCUGCUUCUGACGGGUUUUCGGAUUACGUGAAUGCCUUCAGACAGGGGUGUCGACCACACGCCGGUGGUGGUUUGGGCUUGAACCGUAUCGUCAUGUUCUUCCUGGGUUUGGACAAUGUUCGACAAGCAACACCGUUCCCUCGUGAUCCUCAACGAUUGAGACCGUAGAGGCAGCAUCCAUUCCAUGGCGAGCGCAGGUUAGAUUUCGAGACGACAAGAUACGAUAUCUGCUAGUAGAUGAAAGGCUUGUUGCGAUAGGGUAAAAACAGCUUAGGUAUGCCAUGACAUAGACAAAGGGGAAAAGGCAAUGAGACCUGAUGUUCACAGUGUGAAUUUUUCGUUUGGUGGUAUAUAUGAAACUAAUCCUUGAUCGCAUUCGCAACAGGUGUCGAAUCCUAUAGUUGGUGUUCUUGUAUUAGCAUGUACCUUGACAAUUCUCUCUAUUCCUCUCCAUCUCAUGUGGAAACAUCAUUGCAAGAUGGUCAUAGAGGGAAGAGGUGAGACAUCAAGGAGGAAGUGGUGAGGAGGUGAGUUUGUUUUCCCUAUGGGUAAGAGCAUAACAGCAAGUAACAAACGUACCACAUAGACCUGGUACAGUUUGAAUUUCAACUGUCCUUGUUGGCCUUCUGCCAUGACGGCCCUGGCGGCCCACUCACAAGUCACGGCUUUGCCGUUCUUGAGUCCGUAAUCGACAGUCCCGUAGAGCAUGAGUUCGUUGGAUCCAGCACCAAAUGGGAAGAUUUUGCUCAGUUUAUGUUUGCGUGACUUGAUGGGCCCG